AUGUUCUAAUUCCUGCUCGGCGCGAUGGUGGGUAGAACUGUAGAACUGUAGCAACCGGCGCUGCCAAAGCCGUCGAGCUUCAACUCCUCAAGCAACAGUGCAAGUUCAGUCAAAAAACGCUGCAUUUGCCGGCAACCCGGCAUUCCACAGAGGUCGCCAUCCGCCACAGAGCUGAGCCCGUCCGGCGCCCUGCCGCGGCGAUGGUCGUGCCGCCCGGCGUCGCCUACAACGCGGCCAUCUCCCGCUGCUCCCGCGCGGGCCUGCACCCUCGCGCGCUCGCCUUGCUGCACGAGAUGCGCGACCGGGGACACCACGCCGACGAGUACACCCUCCCGCCCAUCCUCAACUCCGCCGCGAUCCUCCGCGUCCCGGCGGGCGCCGACGCGCUCCACUCCCUCCUCCUCCGCGCGGGGCUCGCCGCGCACCUCCACGUCGCCAACGCGCUCGUCGACGCCUACGCCAAGCUGUCCCGCCACGCCGCCGCGCGGGUCGUGUUCGACGAAAUGCCGCACCGCGACGUGGUCACCUGGACCUCCCUCCUCACGGGGCUCGCGCGCUCCCGCUCCCACGACCCCGCGCUGCGGGUGUACCGCGACAUGGUGGCCUCAGGGAUCAGGCCUGACGAGUUCGUCGUCGCGGCCGCGCUGAGCUCGUGCGCUGGCGCCACCGCGAUCGAGCUGGGCGUUUCGGUGCACGCCACCGCCGUCCGGCUCGCGCUGGACCCGUUCCUCUCGGUCGGGAACUCGCUGGUGUCCAUGUACGCCAAGACCGGCUCGCUGGGCGAGGCCAAAAAGGUGUUCGACGCGAUGCGUGUCCGCCGUGACCCCAUCACGUGGACGGCCCUGAUCGUCGGGUACGCGCAGAACGGCCGGGGCAAGGAGUCGCUGGAGGUCUACGCUGACAUGGUCCGGUCGGGAUGCAGGCCGGACUACGUCACCUUCAUCGGGCUGCUCUUCGCGUGCAGCCAUGCUGGCCUGGUCGAUGCCGGCCGGGCGCACUUCCGGUCCAUGCAGGCCGAGCACGGCGUCGCGCCUGGACCAGACCACUAUGCGUGCAUGGUCGACCUGCUAGGCCGAGCUGGGCGGCUCGACGAGGCCAUGGACCUGCUGAACCGGAGCACGACGAGGUUGGACGCCACGGUGUGGAAGGCGCUCCUCGGUGCUUGCCGGACGCACGGGAACGCGGAGCUCGCCGAGCAUGCGGCCGAGAUGGUGUGGAGGCUGGACCCGGUGGACGCCGUGCCGUAUGUCAUGCUGUCGAACCUCUACUCGCGGGCGAGGAGAUGGGCCGACGUGGCGAGGAUCCGGAUGCUGAUGAAGUCGAGAGGGAUCACCAAGGAGCCCGGGUGCAGCUGGGUGGGAGUGAACGGUGUGACGCACCUGUUCUACGUGGAGGACCGGGGGCACCCCCGGACGGAAGAGAUUUACCGAAAGGUUGAGGAGAUGAUGGGCAGGAUCCGGGCUGAAGGAUACGUCGCGGAUACAGACUGGGCGCUGCAGGAUGAGGGGCCGGAGGGGAGGGAGAAGGGUCUGGCUUACCACAGCGAGAGGCUCGCCGUUGCAUUUGGGCUGCUUGCCGUGCCGGCCGGCGCGCCGAUCCGUGUGUUCAAGAACCUCCGGGUGUGCGGCGACUGCCAUGCCGCGAUCAAGAUGAUCGCCAAGGCGUACGGCAGGGAGAUCAUACUGAGGGAUGCCAACUGCUUCCAUCACAUGAGGGAUGGUGUAUGUUCGUGCGGCGACUACUGGUAGUGGUAGAUUCGGUCAGGCAGGUAUGAUUCCUUUGCUCAUUUUUGGUAGAUUCAGCAUAGGCAUGUCGCAUGUGUAUAAGAGAUAGGUACUUCAGUUGGCUUGGAUGAGAACAAUGAGAAGAAACAUCUCUCUUUUUUUUCUGCCAGUUGCUUGUACUAGAUUAGUUGAUUGCAUCAAAGAUGCCAGCAAUGUACAGUGCGUGCUACUUCGCUAUCGAAUGGGGUCUAUGUAGUUCUACCAUUCUAUUCAUCGAUAUCUUUUACAACAUCCUAUAAAAUAAAGAGAAGCAGUUAGUAAAGUCAUUGCUGCUACUUCCGUAACAAGACUUGCUAAGGUAAUUGAUCUUUUGUGAUGUAUAUAUCUUGGUGGCAAUCAACUAUUGAAGAUGUGUUCUUUCCAUUCUGUAACUGAUAGUUCUAUGCCCAAUGUCCCUAGCUGGUUGUUUCCUUCCAAACCAAUUUCCGUCUAAUCUUGCUGUAGAAUAAGUGUCAUUGCUCAAAUUUGAAGCCACUAUAUUAAGGGGUCUUCAGAACUUGUGAGCUCAGCAUGUAUGUUUAUAGAAAAUUUGAGAGAUUACUUGGCCAGCAACAACCCUUACUCAAAAAACAAUGUCUCUAGUACACGAUUUUUGUGGCUGCAUCGUCGGCUUAAUUGUACAUACAGAUGGAUUCUCAAAACACCAAAAGAAAAACAAUUCUCAUGAAAACUCGCACUCUCAUUUUUAUACUCCAGUUGAUCGAUCUUUUAACCACACUAG